AUGAUGAUGCUAAAGCCAAACUCAAGCACAAGAGUGAUCUUGGGUGUGUGCCUUGUGCUCGUUUCCUUGGCCCUCGCAAACUCCAGCGCCACCUGCCCCGCCGACGUCGUAUUGAGACUCGAUUCUUGCUCCCACUUCACUACUUGGAUAGUCGGCGGCGGCGGAAACCCUGAAAAGGCGGAAUGCUGCGGCGUCAUUGGUGGUCUUGACAACCAGCGGGCGGCCGACUGCCUCUGCGUAGUCCUCGGAGGUGAUCUCCUCGGCAACAAAGUUGAUUCCGCUCUUGGACAGAUUUUGAAUGCCUGCAAGAAGCAAAAACCUGCGGGUUACAAAUGUGCUUAA